CCGAGAAAAGCCGAGUGGAUCCGAAUGGAGCUAAACUGAGCGGAUACCAGCCCAGCCUACUGUCUGUCACAUCUAAGUGCUAACACAGCCCGAGCUAGCUUGGGGGGAACUUAGCCAUGAGCUAACCAGCAGCUGAAAAAAGAUCUCUCCUGUCGUUUAUCCAAGCUCUCCGAGGCAGCACCGACGUGAAGCAUUUCUAAGGAACCGAGGAGGCGUGACUAUAUAAACAAGCCGUUAAAAGCUGUUUGUCACACCUAAUUCCUCCAGGUAUUACAAAUCAAACCAUUGCUGCUACAGUUGGAGUCUCAUUGACACGGCCUUCAAUUCCCAAUCCUGACUUUUCCUCGGAGCCAUGGCAGCUGCUAAACCCAAAGGGCAGAACUCCUUAGCCCUUCACAAAGUGAUUAUGGUGGGCAGCGGCGGUGUGGGCAAGUCGGCGCUCACGUUGCAGUUCAUGUAUGACGAGUUUGUGGAGGACUACGAACCCACCAAAGCCGACAGCUACAGGAAGAAGGUGGUGUUGGAUGGCGAGGAGGUACAGAUCGACAUCCUCGACACGGCCGGACAGGAGGACUACGCCGCUAUCCGGGACAACUACUUCCGUAGCGGGGAGGGUUUCCUCUGCGUUUUUUCCAUCACAGAGUUGGAAUCGUUUGCGGCGACAGUAGACUUCAGAGAGCAGAUCCUACGGGUGAAGGAGGAUGAGAAUGUCCCCUUUCUCCUGGUUGGUAACAAAUCCGAUCUGGACGACCGGCGGCAGGUAAGCGCAGACGAGGCAAAGACCCGCGCCGAGCAGUGGGGUGUGUGCUACGUGGAAACUUCGGCCAAAACCCGAGCCAACGUUGACAAGGUGUUCUUUGACCUGAUGAGGGAGAUCCGGGCGAGGAAGAUGGAGGACAGCAAAGAGAAAAACGGGAAGAAGAAAAGCAAAAGUUUGGCCAAGAGAAUCCGAGAGAGAUGUUGUAUUUUAUAGUGGUUAAAAAAACAACAAAAAAAAGCCAGACAGCUGCUUUUAUUGUACAUAUAUACAUUUCUCAGACUUUUCAUUUUGUUCCCGCAAUCUGACCCCCCCUUGCUUUUUAACAGGAUGUCAUGACCGCGUGUCACUCCAAAUGAUUCCACUGAGUGUUUGAAAUGAAGCCUAACGCUAACAAUAACGGUGACAAGUGUGUCUAAAAGUCACUACAAGAUUAUAUAUUAUGAAUAUACCGCAUAAAAAAAAAAGGCGAAGGUCAGGAUUUAACGCUUAAUUGGAUUACAUAUACAUAUAAACAGCCUUGAUCCCAUUUUCGGCUCGCGUCUAUUAACCCAAAUUUACUUUAACGCACAAAUUUUCCCUUUCCACCCCUAACGCACAAACAGAGCAUGACCCUAAAAUCGUCAAACAUUUCCAUUUUUAAUUUUUUUGUCAUUGCCUUUUUUUUAAUACUAUUAAUAAUUAUUAUUAUAAUAUGAAGUAAUCUCUGGUGCUUGCAUAUAAAGUGAGUGGAGAAACACUACACUGGUGUCUUGAAGUCAACAAAUGAAAGAAGUGUAAACAUGCCAAUUUUUACAAUUUUUUUUUUUGUUUUUUUGCUUUGUUUCCUAAUUGGUUUGCCGUGACAACACUACUGCGUGGAGGGAAGGCCAGAUAGAAAUUGGGGCGAUUCAGUCACCAAAGAAAACUGCUAGCUACUACAAAACAAGUGCCCAUUUUUCAAUUGAAGUGAAUCACAAAUCUUGCAAAAGGUCUUAGAUUUCAUGUACAGUGCACGCCGCUGCCUACCUGUCCGUGUUGAAUGUGAAACAAUCCCGUCUCGCCAUCCCGUUCGUUUGCCUGGAGGCUGCCAAUCAUAUGCUUUCUACCAAUCCGACCUUUUUUUUUUUUUUCAUCCUUGUUAUCCUCUGUCAGAAUACCACAGUAACAUCUGAAUGGUACCAGCCUAUUAUGAUUCUUUACUUCAAUUUUAGCGACCAAAACACAUUGUAACCCCGUCAUUCCGUUCUUUGCUAACAACUGAGCCACAGGCAAUCAUAUGUUACGGCCACUGAUAUAUAAUAAGGCACCCAGAAAUGGACUCUAUGCAACAAAACUAAUCCAUGUUUUCAUUUCAAUCCUCAGAUUCUCCUGGCGUUGACGGUGACCUAUAUGUGUAACUGUACAGUCAUUAAUGCAAAAAGAAUACUUGUGGUAUUUUACUAUUUAUUGACAAAAAAAGAAAAGCACACAGUAGUGAGGGUGGUGUUGAGACGUGACAUUUUGGAGGCGAGGCCAAAAUAAUUGGAAUGUUUUUCUUUGGUUUUUGGUUUAAUUUAAUUUAAAGGCUAACCUCCAGCACAAGAUGCCACAAUUCAGACACCCCCCCCCCCUUUUGGAAGAGUCGUAGUAGUCCUCCAUCUUUAUAAAGUGCUGUGUGCUCUCAUUGCUAAAGCUACUAAAAAAAAACACUGUUCGCCAUAGUGCUUGCUAACAUUUGCUUUACAAUUUAUUCUAUUAAUUCCAUAUUUGAGCAAAUUUCCCUUGUGGGAAAUAAAAAUAAUAAUAAAAAUGUUGCCUUUUUAUAUAAAUAGCCUAAAAAAACAGAACUAUCUAUACAGUUUAUGUUUGGUUGUUUGGAUGGUGGGCCAUCAUUUAUAAAUGCUACUUUCAUGUUUACUUUUUUUUUUUUUUUAAACAUAACCACUAAUGUAGCCUACCUGUCUGUGAGUGCAAGAGGUGGUGACGCUUACAUUUCAAUUUUGUGUGUGUGUAUGUGUGAAAUGGCAAAUAAAGUUGAUAUUACUAAUGGUAA